AUGCCUUCUCUGCCAUCUUUAACAACCCCACUUCAUCUUGUCAUGCGGCCCCUGCAUGAUUUCCAAGUUCCUGUGCAAGCACCCCCGCCGUUGGAUGAAGAUGCGACGAUUUCUAUUCAAGGCAAAACACGGGCGGCGAUGGUGGCAACGAAAAUGGGAGUCUUCAAAUACGUUUCCAAAACGCCCAAACGCCGCGCAUGCCCAGAUUUCAGCUGGUGCAUCCGUCCUUUCGGAAUGUUGGGAUUCGCCCCCGUAAUGAUCAAACUGCCAGGCUUCUCGUCCUCUCAUGGUUGCUGCUGGGAAAUGUGUUCAAAAGUAUGUGCGAGUCGCCCCUUCGUGUCCAAGCAGUUCGGAUCGACAUGCAAUCAUCAGGUGGACAAGCUGGCCGAGUUCGUACUUGACGAUGCGCUGGGCGCUGACCGGGCGCCCUGUGGCCUCCUGUGGGAAGACUGGCCGGCAGCUUCCAGUAGGCGCUUGAUCGGCAGGAGGAGACUGAGAAACCGGAACGGACCCGGUCAUUGUGGUGAUACCGUCCUGAUGACCUGGCAUGGCGAGAUUUGGCCCAAGACCGAAUGGAUUUGUAUUUGGGAGGUUUAG